AGUUAGCAAAUAAAGUCUAGGACGCAUAAAUAGCACGGGUAGAACGUCCAGUAGUCACUCACAUAACGCAUUGUUCCAAACAUAUACCUUCAGCUCUGGACCAUCAUUCCAACGCUACAAACGAAAUUUMAAAGUAUUUUAACUCAGAAGACUCAACGCAAGAACAAAAUGUCAGCUCAAGGAAAGGGGAAUAUUUCCAGUGAUGUUAGAAUGGGUUCCGCCCGCAAGGAUAGCGAUACCUUAAGCACAGGCAGUCUUCUUCUUAGCUUUAUGACACAAGCCUCGGGGAAUGUGAAAACAGCGUUAGAGAAACCUGCUAACUUUAAAAGGAACAUCAACCAUCGACGAUAUCUUCAAAAACAGUUGAGGAACUACUCCAAGAAAAAAGGGGACACGCCAGCGAAGAAGACUUCCUCCUCGAGUACAAAGUUCAAGUCAACUCAUGGACAUAGCGGCAAGCAAAGCUACAAAUCACAAAGUGUAUCAUAUAUGAAAAGUCUACGUGAUAGCUGGCUUGGAAGCGAGAAAGAACGCAAUGCGCUAAAAGAGAGAAAUCUACCAGCGUCUUUCUGGCAAGAACCGAUCAUCCCUUCGUUCCAACAAGAUAUCAACAGCAGCAUGUACCAGUAUCAUCCAAGACCUGAAGACUAUGCUCACACUAAUGCAGGACCGAAUCAAGAAAUCGAGACUUAUUUAAGCGGUUGGAAUAACGCAGUAGCCACGUACGACGCGACACCGCGAACUGCCGGAGAAUUCCCCACCUCAGACGCGAUCCCCUCCAUAACUCCAGAAGAUGGACUGUCUGAAGAAUUCAUGACAGGAGAAGAACUUACUCGCAAUCUUGAUAUAAAGGAUCUUUACGUACCAGAAAUGUACUCCGCAGAUAAACUUUUAAGCGACGUCCAGGAGACGCUUUUUGCUGGGCAGAUUUCACCAUCGCAGUACUAUUUACCAUCUCCCUCACCGUACAAUACCGAGGCGUAUUUCAACUUCUCUUUGGAGCAUGAUCCGCAAGGACUUCCUCCUAUUGCUAUGGCUUUCUUUGGUCAAAAUCCKCUCGCUCAAUGCUAAACUAGAACAAUUUUAAAUGACKCUUGUAAAUAAAAAAAUUCUAUAUUGUUACCUUUUGAAGGUUUUAAUAUGACACUGRAAUGGUUUCCUCAUUAUGCGGUGUACUUGAAGAAACCCAUUUUGCGAAUAAUCUAGAGUGUAGGACUUUUUGAAAAUGUGACAUUGAAAACCUCUAAUUAUUGGUUUUUAAAUUAAAGAAAAUUGUUUUAUAACA